AUGCUCAAAUCCUUAUGUAGAGCCACAUUCUCAGACCAACUUGCCCUCCACAGGACUUUAUAUUGGAGAAGUGCAUAUAUGAUGGUUGGCUCAAUUGCUGCUGGUGGACGUUAUGACAACCUUAUAGGAAUGUUUUGUACAAAGCAGGUUCCUGCAAUUGGUGUCAGCUUAGGAAUAGAAAGAGUUUUUACAAUAAUGGAGCAGCUUCAAAAAGAUCAGAACGAGGCAAUCCGAGCUACUGAAACUCAAGUCCUAGUCAGCAUUUUGGGGGAUGAUCUAACUCUUGGAGCAGAACUAGCAAGCGAAUUGUGGGAUGCCAAACUGAAAGCAGAGUACAUCGUUAAUAAAAGAAUGAAGAAGCACAUUGAUCGCUUAUUAGAGUCAAAGAUCCCUUUCAUGGUUAUUGUUGGUGAGCGGGAACUUAAUGAAGGGAUUGUUAAACUAAAAGAUGUUGUGGCCAAUAAAGAGUACGAUGUCCCUAGAAAUAGAGUUGUUGAGGAGCUUUACCAGCGGUUGAAUGGUAUGGCUUCUUGA